AUGACUGAACUGGCUGACAAAAAAUGUGAUGAAACACAAUUAAGCGAGAGAUCAGGUAUUUUUCAGCCUUUGGAUUAUUCGUUUCUGAAUAUAAAAAACGUAUCAGAUUUAACUGUGUGUUGUCCGAGAAUAAUACCUAGUAGCAAUUCGGUCAUUAAAAAGGAUAUAAAUGAAAAAUGGGUUACUCGGACUCUGAAAAUAAAUAACAACCAAAUAGAGGACAUUUCUACACUACCUGUUGUGGUUCAUGAGCUUUUCGGAGACACGUCCAGCUUAACGUGGUUAGAUAUAUCUUGUAACAACAUACCCAUUAUUCCAAAUUCUUUUAGUAGUCUUAAACACCUGAAAAUCAUCUAUAUGCAUGGAAAUAAAAUAGCAACACUCCAGGAAGUGAUAAAACUCAGACAGCUACCGAAGCUCACGAAACUUACGUUACAUGGGAACCCUAUUGAGAAGGAGAAGGGUUACUUUCACACGGUUCUCUCAAUAUUACCAAACCUAGUAACUCUUGAUUUUACUGGAAUCUCGCAGGCGGACAAACAGACUGCCGCACUAAUCAGACGUCCUGGUCAGAACAAACAUUGA